CAGGGGUCAGGGAUGCCGCCACUGGACGCACCUACUCUUGGAUUGUGGCCGAGGGAUGGCGAAUGUGAAGGUGGCGGUGCGGGUCCGGCCUCUCAGCAAGAGGGAGACCAAAGAAGGGGGAAGAAUUAUUGUGGAAGUUGAUGACAAAGUGGCCAAAAUCAGGAACCUAAAGGUGGCCAGUCGACCAGAUGGUUUUGGAGACUCCCGGGAGAAGGUUGUGGCAUUCGGCUUUGAUUAUUGCUACUGGUCAGUCAACCCAGAGGACCCUCAGUAUGCAUCUCAGGACAUGGUGUUCCAGGACUUGGGGACUGAAGUGCUAUCUGGAGCUGCCAAAGGCUACAACAUAUGCCUUUUUGCCUAUGGGCAGACAGGCUCUGGGAAGACAUAUACCAUGCUGGGGACCCCAGCCUCUGUUGGGCUGACACCACGGAUAUGUGAGGGUCUCUUCAUCAGAGAGGAAGACUGUGCCUCACUGCAUUCCUCUUGCAAGAUACAAGUAAGUUUCCUAGAAAUCUAUAAUGAACGUGUGCGAGAUCUUUUGAAGCAAUCUGAUAAAAAAAAGUCCUAUACCCUGCGUGUCAGGGAGCACCCAGAGAUGGGGCCCUACGUACAAGGUCUAUCUCACCAUGUUGUUACCAGCUAUAAGCAAGUAAUCCAGCUCCUGGAGGAGGGGAUAGCAAACAGAAUGACAGCAGCCACCCACGUCCAUGAGGCCAGCAGCAGAUCCCACGCCAUCUUUACUAUCCACUACACGAAGGCGAUCCUAGAGAACAACCUCCCCUCUGAGACUGCUAGCAAGAUUAACCUUGUGGACCUAGCAGGCAGUGAAAGAGCAGAUCCCAGUUACUGUAAGGACCGGAUUGCUGAAGGAGCCAAUAUCAACAAGUCCCUUGUCACUCUGGGAAUUGUCAUCUCUACCUUAGCCCAGAACUCCCAAAAGUUCAGCAGCUGCCAGAGCCUCAAUAAUGCAGCCAGCAGUGGUGGUGAUAGCAGGAUUCCUAGCUCUCCUGGGACCAGCAGUGGAGGGGCACUGCCCCGGAGGCAGUCUUACAUCCCAUACCGGGACUCUGUGUUGACCUGGCUGCUGAAGGACAGCCUUGGGGGGAACUCCAAAACCAUCAUGGUUGCCACUGUGUCUCCUGCACAUACUUGCUACAAUGAGACUAUGAGCACGCUGAGAUAUGCAUCCAAUGCCAAAAACAUUGUCAAUAAGCCACAAGUAAAUGAGGAUGCGAAUGUGAAGCUCAUCAGAGAACUCCGGGAAGAGAUUGAGAGACUGAAAGCCAUGCUACUGAGCUUUGAACUGAGGAACUUCAGUUCAUUAAACGAUGGAAAGGAUGAAAAUCUGAAGGAACUAGUUCUCCAAAAUGAGUUGAAGAUAGACAAGCUGACUAAAGACUGGACUCAGAAAUGGAGUGACUGGCGGAUGGUCAUGGAGUAUUACAGUGUGGACAUCAACAAGAGGAGGGCUGGUGUGGUCAUUGACUCCAGCCUGCCACACUUACUGGUCUUGGAGGAUGAUGUGCUCAGCACGGGUGUGGUGCUCUAUCACCUCAAGGAGGGGAAGACAAAAAUAGGAAGGAUUGACUCAGACCAGGAACAGGACAUUGUCCUGCAGGGUCAGUGGAUUGAGGACCACUGCACAAUCACCAGUGCCUGUGGGGUUGUUAUUCUCCAGCCGACCCAAGGGGCACGUUGCACAGUCAAUGGCCACGAGGUCACCACGUCCUGCAGGCUGACCCAAGGAGCUGUCAUCACUCUGGGAAAGGCACAGAAGUUCCGGUUCAACCACCCAGCAGAGGCUGCUCUCCUGCGGCAGCGAAGGCAGAUUGGAGAGGCUGUUGGUAGCGGUGGCUCUUUGGAAUGGUUGGACUUGGCCAGAAACGUCACUGCCUCCAGGCAGAGUCUCUGCCCUGUGGUUUGGAAGGAAAGGAGAGUGCUGGAAGAACAGUGUGACAAGGAUCUCCAGCCACCAAGGGAUGGGGAGACAUCCCACAGAGCUCAGAUUCAGCAACAGCGGUGCUGUGUGGAGGAUUUGAGGCAACAGAUCCUACGAGGACAGAUUAGAGCUGAGAAGGAACUGGAAUUCCACCAGGGCAUCUGCCAGCAGAUUAAAGACAACCAUCAGUGGCUGCUCAGAGAAGAGACCUGGCUGGCCAGAUUACAGGAGCAGCAGCAAGAAGACGACCGUGGAGAAGGGAAAGAACUUGAGGCCUCUGUAGCACCUGAUGCUUGGCUUCAGACGGACCUUGAGCCUCUGCCAUCCCGACUGGUCCAAAGCCAGAAGAGGGUGGUGCAGCUGCAGCUUCUGCGGAGACACGCUCUUCGGGCAGCUGAGCGGCACAUCCGGCAGAAAAAGGUCUUGUUCCAGCUGGAGAGAAUCAUCAAGAAGCAGAGGCUGCUAGAGGCCAAGAGGAGGCUGGAGCAACUCAGGGCAUUGUGCUGGCUUCAGGAUGGCAGUGCCCCCAGGACUCCAUGCCAGGUCCCCAGCUCUAAUGCUGCAGGCCCAGGGCCUCAGCAUAGAAGCAAAUGGACAAGUUGCAGUUCUUCAAGCCUCCAAAGGCUCUGCAGCAAGCACUUGCCCCAGCUACACAGUGUUUUACUGAAUUCGGAUCCUUCCACCAUGUUACCACCUAUGCCUGACCUAACUCACCAAGUACCAGAGAAAACACCAUCCGCAGAUCCUGUGUACAGGCCUGCUUCCUACACCCUAAGAACAGGACAUCUGUGCAGGAACAGCCUCCGACUCCAGUCCUCAGGCCAGGGGCAGCUCUGCCCAGCAAGGGGAGCCUCAACCAGGAAGGCAGCCUGCACUCCAGGGACCUGCCACACUGUGAGCAACCACGAGUCUGUUGACAGCCAGAAAAUGCAGACCAGGGGUAUGCAACCCUGUCAGGUGGUGUCUCAGGGCUUAGUAUCCAUGUACCAGCUAGUUAACAAGCUAAAGCCAAGGGAUGGACCCAGGACCCUUGCCCCUACCACCCAGACCAGAAGGAUUAUGGGACUAGCAGCCUAUGGCAACACACAAACUGGAUGGAGAAAAGAAUGGAACCUUGGGAUCCACAAGGUUGCUAAGAGAGCCAGUUGUCAUUCCCUUUGUUCCCAUGGACCCAAGCAGGCAGCCAGGUGUGGAAAAGCAGCCAGGACAUUUCAGGCAGAAUCCAAACCACCUCCUUCAAGCAGGGCAUUAAAAAGGCAUCAGAAGGCACUGGCAGUUAGGGUCAGAGACAUUGCCAAGUUCUCUCAUGGCAGUUCUUUGAAGAGACAACACAGUUUAGGGGAUCCAGUUGCCAUGACUUCACUCACAGAUUUCAGCCCUGUAGUGGUUAGUGCAAGAGAAAAAGACAAUGACUUAUCAGACACAGGUAGCAAUUACUCAGUGGAUUCUCUCUCUCAUGUCUAUGCUGAAGUCCCAAUGGAGCCACCAAAGUCAGAAAACCUUCAGGGAAAAUGGGGUCUCACAGAGCUAGAGAACUCUGAAAGUGAUAACAGCCAGAUAUCUGAGGAUUCGCUGGCUGACAAGGGGUACCAAAGCCCAAAAGAAAGAGUAGGGGGCAUUUACCCCAUCAACAACCAGGGCCACCCAAGGAACAGAACUACAGCCCCUGUGAGGGGCUUCACCACACUGUCAGACAGUGACCCACAUGCUCACAGGACCUUUUCCUUGGAUAGCCUGGUUGGUGCUGAGGAAGAAGUGGGAGAAGAUCAGCAAGAGGAGACUUUCCUUGGCUCAGCUGAUGAGUUGCCUGCAGAGGCUUUUUGGCGCCAUCCAAGCUCCAACUUGCCUGUAACAGACCAGGAGGCAAAAUGCAGGCCUGGUCCCAUCCACCACACAACAGAAGCAAGGCUGAAUGCCAUCCUGCCAGUGAGCAGUAGCAGUUCAUUUUACCUCAGUCCUCACUCCCAGCCCCAUUGUGAGCACUCUGAAUUAGAGGCAGCUACAUGCUACUCUGGACAGGCCAGCUCUCUCCAAGGCCUGCAGCUUUCACAAGAGAGCCCACUGCUGUCCACGGAUUCCUGGUUUUCCUGUGACUCUAAGAUCAAUCCUAGUCCCCCAGGAAUAACAGGUCCAAGUCCUGAUGUUCAGGAAGUUCACUCUUGUGGUGAGGAGAGGCCUGGAUACAGGCUAAAUGUAGAAGAGCUAAAGCCACCAGGUGCAGAAACAGUCCUGCCACACUGCUCCAAACUGCCCCGAGCCAGCAUGGAGCCACCCUGUGAUGCAAAAGAUGUAUACACAGCCUCUGCUUCUGAUACAUCCAAGCUAUCAGUUUGUGGAGUUCAAAGGCUUCUUUAUCCAGGAGCUCAUGGCAUCUUUCAGGGCAGAGGGAUCCCUGACUUAACUCAAGAGGGCAGCUCUGAAGUUUACCACUAUUCUGGUAUACCGAGUGUGCUAGCUGCCUCUGCCACCUCAUUCACUCAUGUAGGCAGCAUUCAUGGAAGGGACUGGACUGCCCUUCAGCAAAAGUAUCUUCUUGAACUCUCCCAUCCUGUUUUAGAGGUUGUAGGAGAGCCCAGGCCAGCUUCUCCCUGCCUUGAGGAAGACUCUAGUUCCAUGGCCAAAGCUCCUGGUAAAGAAAGAAAUACUCAGUUGCCAGUCGACCCUAGGGUUUCUAGCAAUGUGGAUUUCAACAACUCUCCAGUUCAUCUAUCCAAAAUCAGGCAUUUGAGAGCAGAGAAAAAUCAAGACAGUUCAAGUACCAAGUUUGAAAGUGCUUCUGAUUUCAUUAGCACUAGUGAGAAAGAGGCAAGUUAUAGUGGAGCUUAUUCAGCAGACGUAGAAUCAUUGGCUUCUGAAUCUACAAAUGUACAGAUCUAUGCAGUGGAGAACAAGGUACCAGAUUCCGUGAUAGAAGCAUGUGAGGUCAAACCAGAAGAGUGCUUUCAGGGAAACAGGAAACCUGGACUGAUGACUUCCUCUGAUGAGUGUUUCUUACAGAACAAUGCUUGUUACAAAAAUGUCACUAUAGCCACCACAAGCCAAGCUCCUCUUGGGAAAAAUAGUGCAGUUCAGCCUGGACAAUCAAGUCAUAGCAGUGACUAUCCCCUACAGGAAGAGAAGGAAGAUCAUCAGGAGAGCUCUAAGGAAGUAGUUGGAAGACACACAAAUGUUUCCUUUGCCUAUGCAUCAGGUCCAGAGCUAUACCUUCACUCUGCUCCCUGGAAUUCUCUCCCGUCUUCUCUACAGCCACCCCCCUUGGAAACAUUCUAUGUAACCAAAAGCAGGGAUGCUCUGACAGAAACUGCCUUAGAGAUUCCAGCUUGCAGAGAAAUACGGGUACCAUCACCACCUCCCAGGGAAGCCUGGGGCUUUGGUCACACCUUCCAAGUCCUUGAACAAGCUUAUUUGAAGAGUAAUUUGUCAGACCUGUCACAAAGCCAGAAGUCCAAGAUUGCCUCAUCUCAACAGGUGACAGCAGAGAGGCCAGUUGAUUUGGGUAUGAGGAAAGCUAUUGGAGAACCAGGAGAAUGCCUUGGAAAUAUUAAGGAAGAAAACCAUAAAUCUAUUUAUUUUUUUGCUCAGAACAGUCAGUUUCUCCCUUCUGCCAGUACAAAUGUAGGUGAAUUUGAAAGUCAAGUUGGCAUUUUAAAUAAAAAGCCUGGUUGUCUAGCAUGUACGGAGGGAGAAAUGGCUGCUGCACGGUCCCAUUGCAGUGUUUCCUUAGACAGCUCUGGGUCUGGGAAGUCUAUCUUUUAUAUUUGUGACUCUGAGGCAGGUGGGAAAGAAGAGCAGGAUCAGAAUGCAGUCCUGCCGCAAAUCCAGGCCUGCAAUACAGAGAGACAUCUUCCUUCUGGAGCCAGGGCUGAUUUCAUCUGUAAAACCAACUUAGGCCUUGAGAAGGACCUGACACGGAAAACUGCUGAUUCUUUGAAGUCCAGAUCAGCCUAUCUCAGAGUAAGUAGGCCUGUGAUCAGGGCUGAGAGUCCUACCCACAAGUGGCAAAGGAAGAAUGAAGCCAAGCUUCUUGGAGAAAGUCUUCAUCCCAAAGUCAGCCCAGAAGAGUUUAAGUUUCCAGGGACAGAGUCUGCUUGUGAAAGACUGCAGUCAAUUACGUGUGCUCAGGAAAGAAACCCCAGUGAAUGCAAGGGUGCUGGGGGGUCACAAGAAAUGAUAAACUCCAAAAAAGAACCUUUGGAGAAGAAACAGAAAAAAAGAGUUAAUAAUGCUGAUGAAAUGGCUAAGCUAAUGAAGAGUGUAAUGCAACUGGAGAAUGGCAUCUUAGAAAUUGAAUCUGAGCAGAAUAAGUGGCUUCAUGCUUCUCACACACAAGGAGUCAGUAAGGAGUUUGUGUUCCAGGACCAAAAGGACCAGGAGAGGGUUGGUCAUAUCCUGAGGACAGGUAGCUCUGGAAACCAUUCAUCCUUCAAGGACCAACUGUCUUCCCCAAGACAGACAGAUUAUGUUAUCUUUUGUGACGGUGAAACUGGAAAAAUGGAGGUUCACAGUCCCCAGGUCCAGAAAAGCACUAAAAGCCCUUUAAUAGCCUGGGAAUGUGCACAAGAGGGUCAGUCUCUGAGAGAUCACGCCCACUCAGCUGAAUUAGACAGACCCUCCAGUGACACGCGUGAUUCUUUGGGGAAUGAUUCAGCUCAUACUUCUCUUCAUCCGAGAAAAAUGAAAACAUUGGCUAGAACUCUACUGUUGCAAUCCAGACCAGAGGGAUCUUCUGAGAAGGAUGGCAAUCUGGCAAAAGCAUCAGCAAACCAAAAAGAGCAGCCUUGGGCCUUGGGAAGUCUUGAGGAAAUAGAGACCAUAAAAAAUUUUCAGGAAAGUCAAGCCACUGAACACAUGAGUAGUAUUUCAGAGCAAGAAGACCCAGCAGCUCAAGGUAGAGUUGAAGAAAUGGCCAUGCAAAGGGGAGGGAGCCUACAGGAAGAAAAUAACACAGCUUUGUUGACUGAUUGGUCUUCUGGUCAAAGCCAGCAAAAUGUGGGCACAUUUUUCAGUCAAGAGGCUAGCUCUCCAUUACUGAACCAGACAGACUCCUCUUCAGCAACUUCUCACCAAGACCUAAACAGUUCUUUGCCCUCAGUUUCUCCAAGGCUACCAAGAAACUGUCUUCAUGCCUUUGACACUAUAGACAUUUCUUCAGUUGACUGUGAUCCCACAGUAUUGAAAAUUCGUAACAGUCCCCUGGUAAGUGGAGUAGAAUGUCAGGACGAGAGCCCUCAGGGACGUGUUGGAGGAGGCUCCUCCACUGUACACACUGUUUGGUGUGAGUCUGUGAUGCCCAUGGGAUCUGAUGUUCAGUCUGUUAUACCGAAGAGCAUUCCAGUGGGGACAGUGGACUGGAUAACAGCAAGCACCAGCCCUCAUGACCAAGGAGAGGACCUCAGAAUCACUUCAAUGGGUUUGAAUACCCCGGAAGGUUUUGAUUCUGAAGCUGAGGUAGCUGUCCAAAAAGAAGUAAGCACCCAUUCCUUAACUAGGGUCUCUGGGCAACUUGAAAAGAAGGUCAGCUUCCUCUUGGAAGAGGAUAUCGACCGAGGCAAGGAGAUAAGUCAGGAGGAAGAGGAGGAGGCCGAGGACCAACAACCUACCAGCAGCACUUGCUUAGCACUUGUUUCCCUUCCAAGGGUGCCUGAUGCAGAAACCAUGCUGUCGCAGUCCUCCCUCCAUGCAUCCAUGUGCCUGGCUAUCUUGCAAGAAAUCAGACAGGCAACAGCCCAGAGAAAGCAGCUUACUGACUUUGUGACUGAGGGAACAGCUUAUUGUGAAACUUCAUUAAAACCUGAAUGUUUUUUAGGGGCUACUGGCAGACCUCAAUGGCAAAUGGACCAGUUAGAAGUGUCAGACAGGCCUAGGAAUGAGGGUGGAGCACAGGGAUCACAUGAGCCAUCGCUGUCUGCAUCAAGACAUCUGUUAGUUGAUGAAAGGAGACCCCAGGCCACACCUGUCUGUGCAGACAGCUUUCGACCUCUGCCCCAUCCUGAAACUGACAAAGGGCCAUGGCAUCCUUCACAGGCUUCCUCUCACACUGCCUCUGAUCAAGACAAACGACCUUACUCAGGAGAACUAAGACAUCUCAUGGAAGCAAGUGAGCAGUUUGUGGGUCAAUCUAGUUCUGAAGUCACAGAGAUAAAGAAAGAAACACCCAGAAUACCUUCCUCUGCUGAUACUUUGACUUCAGACAGGCCUCUUUCUUCACCAGUGGUAGAGGGGGACAGGAGGACGGGAUUGGAGAAGGUAGUGUCUGCCUUACCUUCUCAGACCCCUUGCUAUGAUCCUGAGGGGGUUCUAUUUGGACAAAGUCAGGUAGCCACAUGGGGGAAGACCAUGGAAGACAUGUCCCCUGGCAGUCAGUACAGCAGCCUAAGGCACCAGGAAUUUAAAAAUCUAGAUACCAUGUAUGGAGGAGGCUCAGGUAACUUCUUAGUGACUGCCCAGGGAGGAAAAACAACCCAUUUUGAAAGUCAAUCUGUGAUUUGUGUUGUUCACAAUUCUGCAAGCCUCUCAAGGCCUAAGGAAGACCAUGUCUAUUGCCCUGAGGCUUCUACUGGCUUAGAAGACGGCAGGUCAAGUCCAAAACAACAUGCUAUUCUGGCUGGAGCUCCAAGAAAGGUUGACCUAGAAGUUCCCACAUGGCAACACGUGAAGUGGAAGGAGAGUAUUGGGUCUGGGUUGGCAGAAGCCUGCAGGACCAGCAGCAAAACUCCCAGGCCAACUCCAUUGCCAAAGCAAAGACCUAGCUCAGAUCCUAGGGGAGUUAUGGAGGAGGCCCCGUGCCAACACCCAAAGGAGGCUUUAGAUUACCUCAUCUUCUCUGGGAACACUGAAACUAGCAGGCCCUUUGGCUCCUCCAGGAGGGAAGAAGACAGCAGGUCUCUUCCUUGCCAACAACUGUGCAAUUAUCAACCCAUUGCUACUCAUCCUUCCACUUUGCUGUGUUACAGAGAUGGUGAACUGAGGAAUGGGACUUCCAAGGUUGACCCACCCCACUACUCACCUUUCAUAGUGCCUUCCAGGGCCUGUGAAAUGGAUGAGAUAGGAGAGAGCCCUUCCACAGAACGUCACUUGCUCUUGGCACAUGGCCUUGAGCACAAAGGUGUUCAUGUGGAACUUGAACCAAUGAGCAGUAGCCACACUCUUGAGCCACCCACUGGAGUUGCUGCCCUAUCUCUAGCUGGAGGCUGCAGUUCCCCUUCCACCCCUGGUGUGAGGACAAGUUUCCUCACCCACUCAGCUGCUGAUAGAAGCUUGAGGUCAGUGAGGAGUCCUGAGAAAAAGGUGACUGAGAAAGCCAGCACUGAACUUGAGGCUGUCCUUUUCCCUGAAGUCAUGAUCUCUGAGCCAUUGAGGACUUCAAAGGAUUGCUCUGUAGGUGGCCAGAGUGCACCGGCAUCUCAAACUAAGCCAGAACCACCUGCAACAACUAAGGGACCACGCAGCCUGAAUUUAAGAGAAGGGUCUGUUGAGAGCGAGCUGGUGGCAGAGACACAGCAUAGAUAUUUAGAAAAUGCCAUUAGACACCUUUCAAAAAAGACACAGCCUUCCACUGAGUCCACAGGUCACAGUUGCUCAGAUUCCAAAGCCAGGUUUCUAGCUAGGUUAAAACGUGUCUGCAGUCCUCAGCCUGACAAUUCCUGGGAGGAGGAAGAAGAAGAGCAACAGAAAGACCAAACUUUGGGAGGUGAUGAAGCCCCUGCCCAGGGUAGCAAUCCCCCACCCUCUGAUGAAGAAGACUUGGAUGGCUGUCAGAUGAGUGGUGCUAGAGAAGGGGAAGUGGCUGUGACCAAGUCUCCUGGGUCCCAGACUUUCUUUUCAGGGUUUAAGGACCCAGCUCCUGUGUCCUUGGAGCAAAGUGAAGCACCACAGCCUGCUGCCCAGAGGCCUGGCCAGCCCUGCUCUGAUAGGGAGCAGCCGGCUCCCCACCAGAGGUGCUGUCUUCCUGUGAUUGCAAUUUUCUCUGGCUCCAAACCCUCCAAGUCUUCCCCUAGACCGCAGUUCUCCGUGGUCAGCUCAUCUCGGUCUCUUAAGGAACUCAACUUGAGUGUAGAGCCUCCUCCUUCUACAGACGAGGAUGCACAGGGGCCUAACAGACUGUGGAGCCCACAUCUCAGGGACUGUUCAGGAAAAUCAGUUGCAAGAACAUGUCUGAGGUCUGAGGACUGUAAUCAGAAAUCUUCAUCGAAUUUGGACACUAGCCCUGCUGAUUACAGGCCCCUGAAACCUGCCACCCCUCCUUACCCAACGUCUCCUGCUCUCUCAUGCAUGCCAACCCCUGAUUUCAUGACCAGCUGGAUUUCUGGCACUUUGGAACAGGCCCAGCAAAGAAAGCCAGAGAAAUUGGGUGUCCAGGUUAGGCCAGAUCAUUGGUGCUCUCAGCUGGACAAAGGAAUGUUGCACAUUGGCUCCAGUGACAUCAAUCCCUAUGUCUUGCCCUGGUCUCCAGCGGGGUCUUCAUGCAUUGGCUGGAAGCAGUAUGUGUUUGGCAGUGCAGUUGAUGUCUCCUGGAGCCAAAAGCACCAUGGCCUGAUACCAUCAAAUGUGGCCCAGUGCUCCAGCAUGGACCAUUGCCUAGAAGGCCAGAACUCAGCAUUCCACUCCCACCUCAGCAUCUAUGCCAAAACCCGGGAUCUGUCAAACACACGCAGCAGCAUUGAGAAUGCCCGAAGUUCAAAUGAGGCUGGGGAAGUGUGGCAUUCCUCAUUUGCCUUAAGGGAACCCCACAUCCUGACUGGCCCUCAAGGGGUAGACCCCACUUCAGGUACUGACAGAAGACCCCACUUUCAGGACCCCAGUGAUGAAGCUAGCUGCACCAAGAGUGAGCUCCCACUGGCAGAAGGAAGUUCUGCAGGUCCUGUGGAUGAGAUUGUGCUUCUGUACCCAUCAGAGGCAGGCUGCCGUAUGGAACAGGCUAGGAUAAACACCUUGGAGCAGGGCACGCAGACCCUGGGCACUGACGUCUCUGCUCAGCCUGUCUCCAGUGUUGUGUCAGCCUGUGACCUGGCCGCCUGGACCAGCAUGCACAAUCUGUCUCUCCAUCUCUCACAGCUCCUGCACAGCACCUCAGAGCUACUUGGCACUCUCUCCCAGCCAAGUGUAGUCCAAAAGGAGGAGAACACCAAGAGUGAUACCUCAGAUGAGGCCGCACAGGCCCUUAGAAUGGACGGUGCUACUCAGACAACUGUGGAUGAGGGAAGCCAGACUGACCUGGCUUCAGCCCUUCUCCCCCUCCACGUGCCAGAGAUCAAACCACAGGAAGUCAAUGUGAUCCUUGAAGUGCUGGGCUCAGGUAUCGAGCCCCUGUCUCUAGAAAAGGACCAUGUCCCAGAGGCACUUCAGAAGAGAGAAGCAGAGGAAUCAGCACAGAAAAUGACCUUGCCUCCAGAUCUUCAUGAGGAAAGCACCCCCUGUGGCCUGCAGAGUCCUCCAACGCCCUCAUCCCACUUGAGGGUUGAGAAAGCCCGUCUUGGGCAGAGCAUCCCUUCUGAGAGCCCCCCAGCUUCUCCUGAUGCUGCCCUGCCUCCCAGCUCCCAGCCAGAGCAAUCCUCCUGCAUGGUGGUCAAUAACCCCAGCAUCCCUCACUCACCAGGGUUGUUUUUUGAUACUUCAGAGUCUACCUGGGACCCUGGCAUCCAGAAGAAGCUGGGCCCCUUGGGGGCCUUGUUGGUGGACCGGGCCUCCUCCCCAAUUCUCACCCUCAGGGCUGGCACCCAAGAGUCAGGUCCCCCCCUACAUGCUUGGAUUCCCUCAGCUCUGCCUCUUGAAGACCACCCGAAGCUUGACUUUAGUCUAGACCUUGCUCUACGUGCCCCCAAACCUCCAAUGGAUAGUUAUUCUCAAAGUAUAGACGUGUCAUGUGGCUCCCAGAAAGUUGAGUCUGGAGGUAGAGGAGGCGUGAGUCCCUUAGAAAGGAGUGCUGAGAGCUUACUCCUGGAGGCGAGCUCCCCAUGUACCCCCCUACAGAGCACCAGAAUCCAAGUUAGUUUCUCAGGGGAAUCCCCUCAGCAGCUUCAGCCCAGGACGGCCACCAGGGUCCAAAAAAGACUGCCGCCUCCACCACUGAGGCACAGGAGCUUGAGGCUGGCUGAUAGCUUUGUGCCUGAAGUGGCAGCUUCCUCAGAGCAUGGCUCACUGAGCAGUAGAGGGCCAAGUCGAUGGCAGGGCAGGCUGGAAAGUGGGAGUGAAAGUGUAGCAUCUAUGGUGGAGCCACAAACCACUCUAGACCUCUCCUCUUCGUGGAGAGGCCUCCAGCCCCUUAGCCCCUGCUCUGUCUCUCACCUGGCCGACACUGCAGGGCUUCGAGCUUCUACCUUGGGCCCACCUGAGGCUGGACAACUUGAAGGGCUACUGUGCCCCAGUUCCCCAGUGUGCAUGGCCCCUGAGCCCCAGCAUCAUAGCCUGAGAGACCUUCCACUGCAUAACAAAUUUAGUAACUGGGGUGGGGUUCAUGAUGGCUCUCCUGGGGGGCUGGGUGUAAGUAAAGAUCUCAAUGCUGGAGAGCAGAGACAAAGGCCUCCGCAACCUCCCAACAACCUGGAUCCUGAGUGGUCCCGCAGGGAGCAGAUCCCCCUGCACGUUGGGGUCCAGAAGCCCUCACUCAGCAUAGAACUCACGGAAGCAAAACUGCAUCGUGGCUUCGGGGAGGCGGAUGCCCUUCUGCAGGUGCUGCAGACUGGGAUGGGGGAGGCACUUGCUCCUGAUGAACCUGAACCUGUGACAUUCACCUGGAAAGAGCUGUAUUCCCGGCAGAAAAAAACUAUUGAGACCCUCAGGAGAGAGAGGGCUGAGCAAUUUCAGAACAUCCGUCGGACACGAAGCCUCAGCCCCCAGAAGCAGCAGAGCUUCCUGUUCAACAGGGAUCUCCCCAACCGUGAACUCGAUUUGCCCAGCAGACGCCGGGAAUACUUGCAGCAACUGAGAAAGGAUGUCGUGGAGACUACCAGGAGCCCAGAAUCACCAUUGAGGUCUGUUCAUGCCUCCUCUGACAUCGAUCUGAUGCUGCGGGACUAUCAGCGGGCCCGUGAGGAGACCAAAGUGGAGAUUGCCCGGGCACGGGAGAGGCUGCGGGAGCGGACUGAGCAGGAGAAGUUGAGGAUCCGCCAGCAGAUCACCACCCAGCUGCUGAGGGAAGAGGAAAAACUACACUCCCUGGUCAACUCCAGCUCCCUGUGCUCUAGCUCCAAUGGAAGCCUCUCUUCUGGUGUCACUUCUGGUUACAACAGCAGUCCAGCCUUGUCAGGCCAGCUUCCGUCCCCAGAGGGUGUGGGGGACUCAAACUCCUCGGAUCCCAGAGACACCUGGAUAGGGGAUGGGCGGAGCCGCUCUGCAGUGAGGAAUAGUCACCUGUAUGUGGCAGGGACUGUCUGGAGGAGCUCUGCUUACAGCUACAGAGCCUCGCUGGGCAGCUGCUGCUCUCCCUCCAGCCUGUCCAGCUUGGGGACCUGUUUCUCCUCCUCCUACCAGGAUUUGGCCAAGCACAUUGUGGACACCACCAUGGCUGAUGUAAUGGCUGCUUGUUCAGAGAAUCUGCACAACCUCUUCACCCGCCAGCCGGCAGCUGGCUGGAACUAUCAGGGUGAGGAGCAGGAAGUGCAGCUGUACUACAAGGAGUUUUCUUCUACUCGGCACGGCUUCCUAGGGGCAGGUGUGGUGUCCCAGCCGCUGUCUCACGUGUGGGCAGCUGUGAGUGACCCCACCCUGUGGCCCCUCUACCACAAGCCCAUCCAGACAGCAAGGCUGCAUCAGCGGGUGACCAACAGCAUCAGCCUGGGGACAAUUGUCUGUCAUGGCAGCUCAGUCUGUAUAUGACACGUCCAUGCCAAGACCCAGCA